AAUGCUAAUGGGAGUGGUUGCUAGUUAUCAAGUUUCAAAGUGUGAACGUAACAUUAGUUAGACUGUUUUGUCUGCUCAGCUUUUGAAGUACAUGUAUAAUAGUGAGUUUUGUUAUUAUUAUAAUCACAAUUACGUUCAGAACCUUCUUGAUAAUGGCAAAUUUAGUCAUGGUGAAAUUAGCAUAUUAGCAAGGCAUUAACAGACCUCAGACGUUGCUUGUGAUACGGCAGGAAUGUCCAUCCGACAAGAAUUAUGAAAAAGGAACCGAAACUGGCAUCAAAUCAUCGCAGAAGCUCGACUCAAGGUAGCAUUGCGACAGUUGUGUUCAGAUAGUGGAGCACUAUGCUGCCGAUAUUGAUGUUUACCACUGUCCCAACUGUGAGCCCAUCCACGGACCGUCUCUGAUGAAAAAGCGUAUUAACUGGCACAGACAUGACUACACUGAGCCAAAUGACGGCACACGACCCGUGCAAGCGGGAACGGCUGUGUUCGUACGGGAACUCCAAGAGAGGAACUUCGCCAGCGGCAGUGAGAUUCUGGUGUAUAUGCAAGGGAGUCAGGUAACCCAACUGUACCUGGAGAAAGAGGGCUUCCAUUACCCCAUGGUGGUGCCUGAACUGGAUGGACUGGGCCUUAAACUGCCCCCUCCGUCUUUCUCUGUCAGAGAUGUGGAACGUUACGUGGGUGCCAGUAAAGUUAUCGAUGUGAUCGACGUUGCGAAACAAGCAGAUAGCAAGAUGAAGCUGGGAGAGUUUAUAAGAUAUUUCCACAUGCCCGAACGGCCGAAAGUGUUGAACCUGAUCAGCUUGGAGUUCUCCGAUUCAAAGAUGUCUGAUUUGGUGGAGGUUCCGGAAAUAGCGCAGAAGAUGUCCUGGGUGGAGAACUACUGGCCCGAAGACUCGUUCUUCCCCAAACCAUUUGUGCAGAAGUACUGUCUCAUGGGAGUGAAGAAUAGCUACACAGACUUCCACAUUGAUUUUGGAGGAACCUCAGUGUGGUACCAUGUUCUCUGGGGAGAGAAGAUUUUCUACUUGAUCAAGCCGACAAAGGCUAACCUUGCACUAUAUGAGUCAUGGAGCUCAUCACCCAAUCAGAGCGAAGUAUUCUUCGGGGAUAAAGUCGACAAGUGUUACAAAUGUGUGGUGAAGCAGGGAUCUACCAUCUUCCUUCCCACAGGUUGGAUCCAUGCAGUGCUCACCUCUCAGGACUCUAUGGCGUUUGGGGGGAACUUCUUGCAUAACUUAAACAUAGGCAUGCAGCUCAGGUGUUACGAGAUGGAACGCAGACUGAAGACUCCAGACCUCUUUAAGUUCCCGUACUUUGAGGCCAUCUGCUGGUAUGUGGCCAAAAACCUUCUGGAGAACCUUAAAGAGUUGCGGGAGGAUAAAUGUCAACCUCAGGGUUUUCUGGUGGACGGGGUGAAAGCUUUAAUCUCAUCACUGAGGACGUGGCUGAGAAGAGAGUUGACUCAACCUAACAGCGAGGUUCCAGACAAUAUCAGGCCAACCCAUCUUAUUAAAACUCUGACCAAGGAGAUCCGGUACCUGGAGGAUGAUCCGAAUAAAUUUGGAAAGGCUCAGGGAAGUGCCGAGUGCCCUUUAACACGCUCGUUGCUGGAGAGGGGCUGUCAGGCACGACGGGCAGCACGUCGGCUACGAGAUCAUCAUCAUCGACACCAUCAUCAUCAUCAUCAUCACAAACUUCCCUCUAAUCUGGACAUCCUGGAGCUUCACACGAUGGAGGUGCUGAAGAGACUGGAGGUCGGACAGCUGGAGGAGGAUCCCGCUUUUACUGCCAAAGUGAACGGCAAAUUCAAGAAAGUUUCCGCAGCGUCCGCUGAGGCUGUUGAGGGUAGUUAUGAUAACGCCCUGCGUCUGGUGCUAUGUAAUGGCAAAAUUAUGCGAGAGAGGCUUUCUAUCAGUGAUGGGGAAACCAAGGUCAAUGGUGUGGAAAUGUCACAAUGCCAUCAACGUGAGGUGAAGUUGGAAGGAACGUCUUUGAAGCCACUACAAAUUGUGAAAAAAGAACAAACGGAGGAGGAUUUUAGAGUAUGUUACUAUAUCAAGGAAUCAAUCAGCCAUGGUGGAACGGUGAAGACGGAACACAGGAGAGAAUCGUCACAACACAUAGCAUCUUCAGGCUCUGACUCUGAGUCAGACGCAGAACAUUCUGCUGAGAAACACUCAUCAGAGUCCGAGAGUUCUGAGGAUGAGGAUGGAGGACACCAGAGAGAACCAGUGAGCUUUGCGGACCAUCUGAGCUCCCCGAAGCACGGCCACCAUAAGCAGUCUCUAAAACGAGAACGUCCUACCUCACCAAACACAGAUAACGCCAUUCAGGGCAUGCUGUCGAUGGCAGGAAUGCUGUGUCGACAAGCGUCAGAAGAGGGCGCCGUCCUGCAGCAGCCGUGGUGGUCCAGUCAGGGUAGCAGUAGCAGUAACAGCAACAGUAGCAGCGAUGCGUGGGACAGCAGCGAGCCCUGUUCGGCACCCAGGAGCCCAGAGGGGGAGGACGGGAGUCUGGGAAAUGUGUACUCGUACAGGGAGAGCUCGAUUUCCCCUCCCCUUCACCCCUCUAAGAGACACGCCCCUAACCCCAACCCCAUCAGCAAUCAGGCCACUAAAGGAAAACGUCCUAAGAAAGGACACGCGACGGAUAAACAGCGUCUGGGGAAGCUAUUAAAGAUGAGCUGCCAUGAAGGCUUGUUCCUCUAGCGCGAGGCCAUAUGUAAUAAAACAACAUAGCUGCUUUUCAUUAUACGCUGAGAUUUUCAUCACACAUUUACACACACUGUGCAUGUUUAGGUCACAGGGUAUGUUUAUUAGCUCAAACUCCCUUUGUUCAUCAAUCACAUUUAACACACAUUAUUCAUCAACGCAGGGAAAACUGAGAUUUCAUCAGGAAACGAAAACAUUAACAGCCAAAAGUUAAAAGAGGAAGCAGCAUAGAGUUGAAGUCAAAUGUGCUUGUUGGAGUUAGUUUGUGCGACACAGGCUAAAGCCCCUCUUUUCCCCCCACCCUACCUCCAAUCGCAUCUGUAGCGCGAGUGAACAAGGACGUCUGCCUAGACCUUUACAGUCUGAUGCUGGGACUUGUUGUUCUCUUCUUUCUACUUUGAUUGUCUCAGGCUGACGUAUUAGGUUUAAAGGUGGAGGAGUUGAAAUGGUGCUGAACAUUUGUAUACCCCCCACUAAGCAAUAAUUGUAUGGCGGUGAGUGAUGCGUUGAUAUAAUGGGACGUGUUUUUAGGAUGCAACAUUCGUGUACGUGUUGACAAAAACUGCAUAUGAGGGUUAGGAAGGUUUUGAAGCAAGGUAGCUGGUUAAAGCUGGUCAUUUGCUGGUUUAAGAUAGCCAGCUAAGCUACCAUGCUUCAAACCUUAACCAGCAUUUGCUGUUUUUUCAACAGUGAAACAUUAGGAGAAAAAUAUAAUUCUUAUGUAAUCUUGUUUUCUUUGACUCAACAUAUUUUCCGUCACACUCUGGUGUUUGUUAAGGGAUAUUGCUGGUUGGAUACAAGUAACGCUCUUUUUUUGUGGCAUGCUUUUACAAAAAAUGAUUUUAACUUUUUCUUAAAUUUGUCAAAACAAACCAAAAAAGUUUGACUGUAAAUAUAUAAUUAUAUAAAUAUAUGCUAUGUGCAAAUGAUAAUUAGCUUUUGAUGUUAUUCGCUAUUGUUUUUACGAUUUAGGACCAUGUCACGUCGAUCUCAACUUGUAUUGAACCCGCAAUAUUUCUUUUAGGGGGUAAUGUUCCAUUUAUAUAGUGUCUCAAAUUGAUGUCACACAUGUGACUGCACUUUACAGUGCAGCCUCUGAAAUACUGUGUGACGUAGUUUGCAAGGGCUGAAGAUGUUUGCCAUGUGAUUGACAAUGAUCUAUAGCUAGUCCCGAAUAAUUUAUGUUCUCUUCUUUGUUUAAUUGUUUUUUACUGGAUAACUAUUUAUUAAUUUCAAAGAUAUAAGGAUUUAUAUUGCUUUCUGAGGUUCUUGUUUUUUCAUUGCAUUUCUGUAAAUAUGAGUAUGCUUUAGAAUGAUUAAUUCAAGAGGAAUGAGGUUUUAAGUUCGCCAGAUUUUCUAGUUAAUACAAAUUUGAAUGAGGUUUUUUUUUGUCAGAUUUAGUUUAAAAAUGUUAGCAAAGGUAGAUUUGAAAUAUGUUCUCUUUGUAACCUAUCGAAACGGAUCAAAAUAACUUGUGGUGCUUAUGUGGGAAUUUUGAGGAGAGGAAUUGUUUUCUCAGGGAACAACUGACAUCUUUGAAUCCAUCACCAGCACUGUCAUACAAUCGCGCGAUGUUUUGUACUUGUUUCCACAAAUCUGCCAACAAAGUAUAUAUAUAUUCCCAUUUCUUGUAUUUUUUUGUUGGUGUAAAUCCAGGACCGAGGGAAUUUGGUCCUGCUGUACAGUAUCAAAUGUCAUUGUAAGAGAGUUUGAAUAGAAUAGCACCACUGUUUUGGAUGAGGUGUGUUGGUUCAUGAAAAUGCACUAUUUUGGAUCUGCAGGACUUGAAUUGGGUGUAAUCGAUAAAACUCAGGCUUUGUGAGUUUUGGUCAUGUGCAUGUGUUUUUUAAGAAAAUAUUUCACUGUUCCCAAUACCUCCUUUAAAAAGGUUUCUGAAGGGUGUAUUUCUAAAGGCAAACAGCAUGUCUUGGUUCUUCAAAGAUGUUCCCCUGCAUUGAUGCAUUAAUUGUACAGUAUUUAUGAAUUUCUUGCAUUUAUUUACAUUUUCCGCUGUGGUAUAGACUCGUGAGUUCAUGUCACUGUGUUUCAAAUUCUGUGUUCUGUUCCUCUUUAACAUUUUCCCAGAGUGCUCUUUGAAAGUUUUGGAUGUUGAUUUUUUUCAAUGCAAUGUAAAUAUAUGAUGAGGGGGAAAUGUUUUGUAGAUCACACUGUUUUCCAUUUUCCUUUACCAGAUGUUAGGUGGUAAUAAAAACACUGUUCUAUUGAUAAAAGUCAA